AAUCCCAAUUAAUCUCGACCGCUAUUAAACGCUGCCACGAAAUUCAACAACUCAAGAAACUGAUCGCGUUGUUCACAACAAUGGAAUACAGAACCCUAGACCUCAUGAUCGUUUCCGCCAAGGAUCUCAAGAAUGUCAAUUUGAUAUCCAAGAUGGACGUAUACGCCGUCGUUUCACUCAACGGCGACAUCUACAACCCCCAGAAGUUUAAAACCAGCGUCGAUCGCGACGGAGGAACCAGCCCUACGUGGAAUUUUCCGAUGAAGUUCAAUUUCAGCGACUCCUUGGCGCAGCAGAAUCGUCUCUCUCUUGAGAUCAAGAUCGUCUCCGACCGUACACUUGGCGACACCCUCAUCGGCACCGUCCACGUCCCCCUCCGGGAGCUUCUCGACAAUCCCGGCGGAAAAGACGGCAAAGAAUUCCGUCAGGUAUCUUACCAGGUCAGGAAGCCCUCCGGGAAGCCCAAGGGCUCUCUGAAUUUCUCGUACAAAGUUGGCGGCAAGAGUUCAGCUGCUCCGGCUAUGGAUAAGGCGUCGUCGACGGGGGCGACGGUUAGUUACGCUCCACCGCCGCCGAAGACGGCGGAGUAUCCUCCACCGGCGACGGCGUACCCUCCGCCAUCCAAGGAUUCAAAGAAUGAGCCAGUUAUGGCUUAUCCUGCUCAUGCUGCUGGGGCGGCAGGAUCAAGUUCCGCGCCAUAUGCUUACCCGCCGCCACAUCAGCAAUAUCCUGCUGGACACGGAUAUCCACCCGCUGGAUACCCACCCCAGCAAGGCUAUGGCGGCUAUGGGUACCCGCCUCAGCAACCCGGAUAUGGGUAUCCUCCACAAGGGUACGGGUAUCCGGGUCAAGCUGGGUAUGGAUACUCGCAGCCUCCUCAAAAACCGAAGAAGAACAAGAACAACUUUGGGAUGGGAUUGGGAGCCGGGUUGCUUGGCGGCGCACUUGGUGGGCUUUUGAUUGGUGACAUGGUGUCUGACGCGGCUGAUUAUGAUGCUGGCUACGAUGCUGGAUUUGAUGAUGCUGGUGGAUUCGAUUUUUAAAUUUUCUUUCUUUUUGGUUCUUAUUUUGUUUUUGUUGGACUGUAUAAAUGGGUUGGUUGUGACUUGUGAACUUGGUUAACUACGACUCAUGCAGAAUGUUUAUAUCUUUUGAUUUUGAUGUUUAUAUAGAUGAACUUACAUACUUA